AUGGCUUUCGCCGUCUCGCUGCCGACCCGGCGCGCGCGUCACGUGCUGCGAUCUGCAUGCCGAGCGCGGCCACUGCGGCGCGUGGCGCUGCGCGGCUGCGCGACGCAGCAAAACAUCGCCCCCGCGCACGCGGUGCUGCGCCGCGCGGCCCACUCGCAGGGCCUGGACGUGGCGCGGCUCAACACCCUCGUGCGGCUCACGGAUCUGCUGCUGAGCGAGAGCAAGCGGUACAACCUCACGGCGAUCCGCACGCGCGAUGCCGUGCUGCUCAAGCACGUCGUGGACGCGCUGAGCCUGCUACCGGCGCUGGACGCGGAGGCCGCGGCCGCUGCCACCGGGCUGCUCGUCGUCGAUGUCGGCACGGGCGCGGGGUUCCCGGGGCUCGUCCUGGCCAUCGCGAGGCCGCAGUGGGACGUCACGCUGCUCGAGGCCGCGCGCAAGAAGACGCGCUUCCACGACCUCGUGGAGCGCGAGCUGGCCCUGCCCAACGUUUCGUCCGUGUGGGGGAGGGCAGAGGAGGUCGGGCAGAGUAAGAUGCAUCGGGGGCGGUAUGACGCGGUCGUGGCACGGUCGUUGGCGGAAAUGCGCGUUUGCUGCGAACUGUGCGUGCCGCUGGCAAAGGUGGGGGGCGCGUUAUUCGCGCAGAAGAGCGUGGGCGCGGGCGCUGAGGAGAUCGCCGCCGCGAAGGAGGCCAUCAGAAGGCUGGGCGGGAAGCUGGAAAGUGGGCAGGGGGAAGAGACGGAAGAUGUUGACGGAAGGAAGAAGUGUAUUGUGGCCGUAAGAAAGGUGAAGGCUACGCCACGGGCGUUUCCGAGGUUGCCGGGGGUGCCGAAGAAGACGCCUUUGUGAGACAUGUGAACGACUCUUCGGGCGUCUCGGCCGGCAUCUAACCAUCUUCGAGUAUCUUUUUACUAUGUUCGUCAAAGACGAAACUACAAAGAUCUCAUCGCUGCACUGGCUACGCGGACGAAACCAUGGGAUCACUUGACUGCACAAAGGGUAAUCAUGAUUCCAAAACCAAAUCAAAAUCCUACGCGGUGGCCCUAACAUCUGCACGGCAGACACGAAUCAGAGAGAGCCCUCCACGGCCGUACAGGAUACCUCCCAGCAGCUGUUGAGCUAGUCUUACUCUCAGGAGGUAACAUGUUAGAGGAAAGUUACGUACA